UCUCUUUUCCCUCUCUCUUCGUCCUCUUCAAAACCCUACCCCCCUCCCCCCUCUCUCUCUCUCUCUCUCUCUUCCCUCUCGCUCUCUCUCCACCGUCGCUAUGUCGAGCGCCGAUGGAUCGCCCUUCCCGGCCGCGCCCCCGCGCCGCUUCCCACCGCCGCAGCUCCACCGAGCGCCGCCGCAAGCCGCCGCCGCCGCUGGCGCCAACGCACGGCGCUUCCCCUUAUCCGCUCAUUUGGGACCCGCCUCCACCUCCGCCGCUGCGGCCGAGCCACGAUGCUUCGCCGCCGAGGAUCGCAAACCUCCGCCGGGGACUUCGAUAAGAAAACAAACAAAUGGAACAGAAAAUAUAAAAGUUGAGCAUGAUGAAGGAGCAGUCGAACGAGAGGGUAAGGAGGAAUUCAGCACUCGAAUUCUUUCAACUGGAUCAGGAGUAGGUUCUAAGCGUUCAAGGAAAACAAAGGCUUCAAGACAAAAAGGAGCCAUGCAAGAAACUCCUGGAACAACCGAGGGAGUGCCUGGAAAUUCUUUGCUGUCAGCUAGCAAUUGCCGCUAUGACAGUUCUCUAGGCUUGUUGACAAAGAAAUUCAUCAGACUACUUCAGCAAGCAGAGGAUGGGACCCUCGACUUGAAUAGAGCGGCCGAUGUUCUCGAGGUUCAAAAGAGGAGGAUAUAUGAUAUAACAAAUGUUCUUGAAGGAGUUGGAUUGAUUGAGAAAAAGUUGAAGAAUAGGAUUCGCUGGAAGGGAAUUGAUGUUUCAAGACCAAAGGAGGUAGAUGAUCAAAUUGCUUUGUUAAAGCUUUCGCAGGCUGAGCUUGAAUCUCUCUAUGCUGAAGAUUGUAAGCUGGAUAAUAUGAUAAGAGACAUACAAGAGGAUCUACACGCUUUGGCUGCAGAUGAAAAUGUUCAAAAUUGGCUCUUUCUCACCAAGGAAGAUAUUACCAAUAUUCCGGCCUUUCAGGAUUCUACUCUUAUUGCAAUUAAAGCUCCUCAUGGAACUAGUCUUGAAGUUCCAGAUCCUAAUGAGGGUGUUGGUUUUCCACAAAGGCACUACCAAAUUCUCUUGAGAAGCUCAAUGGGUCCCAUCGAUUGCUACUUAAUAAGAAAUGUCGAUCCAGGUUGUUCAUUUGGUGCCAGUGAUCAUGAAGAGAAACACGAUGUGUCAAAUCAGAACCAGCACGGAGCUGCAAGACAGUCAACAGAAAAUGUUUCCAGUGGGACGUCAGAAAAGGGUGAAGAAGAUGACGGGGAAUGCAAGAGCUCUCCAGAUUCAUUCAUCUCGCAAGAUAACACCGCCGGCAUUUUGCGAAUCGCCCCCUCGGAUAUUGACAUGGGUGCUGAUUACUGGCUUUCAUCGGAUGUUGGAGUUAGCGCUACUGAUACAUGGGGAACCUAAUCGUAUCCUUUUAUUAUAGUAUGAAGGCACACAUUACAUUGCGUAAGUAAAUACACACAUAUAUGCAUACAUGUAUGCUUGCAGAGAAACGGUGUAUCAACACCCUAUGACAUGUAUGUUAAACCUAACGGUGUUGUGUUUCGUUGAAAUGGUGGUGCGGAACCUCCAUGUGUCUCACCUGUCCAUUUAUUGGAUUGGUUAGUUUGACAUGCAUGUAAAGCAGUUGUGGGUACAACCUCGAUGUGUAGUGGCGCAUGCAUGUAUGCAUUCAUAAAAACACAUGCAUUUUCUUGGGUUUUAAUUCGUGUUUUAGCAAAUGGAUGAUAUUAUACCAGGCAUAUAUGUAUAUAUGAAUGGUUUUAGGUAUACACACAUAUAGAGGCUUAGGCAAGUGCAUUAUUUUUCUGCAGCCAUGCAUGUUUCUUAAAGUUUGAGGAUGAUAGUGGAUAUGCAGAUAACAACUAUUAUCCCCCUUAUCCGACAAAUUACUGCAGUCGUCUUGGGAUAAAUGUUUCGAUAAUACCAGGGUUCAUGCUGUUGUCGCCCUGCAGCCCCGCCUACUCUUGUAAUUCCUGCUGUUAUUUUUAUUAACAAGAGAACUGUUUGCGCAAUCUAAACACCAAUCAUAAAUUUGUUUGAAAACAAUCACUUAAGCUUCAUUAUUUUGAUGGUAAGUAUUGCAGAAAUGCCAUUAUUGUUUUCUCUUGACUCUGAAAACUCGGGAGUUGCAGCAGAGAUCAUAGAAGGAAGAUCAUGUACCUGUCGCUCCGAAUCGACGAAAGUAGGCUUUUAGCAAUGUUCAUUUUACAGUACAAAAAAAGCUACGCGCGGUCGAGGAAAAGUGCGGGGGGGACCGAACUGGCGUUUUCCCGUCCGGCUCCCUCGAAAAUGUAUAUUUGUAAAUUCGUACAGUUAUUCCUAUUAAUUCUGUGUCUAAUAAAGGGUUCAAAUUUCUUUCAAACA